AUGAACCGACUAUUUCCGCUACUCAGCCUGACGGCUGCCCUUCUUCUGGCCGCCGAUGCCCAGCAGGCGCAGCCCGGGUCUCUGCCCGGGUCCCUGCCCGGAGCAGCAGCAGCGGGAAACAAUCAGAUCCUGGCGCUGCCCACAGGACCCGAGAAUCCGUACUGCAAGCCGCAGAUGUGUGCGCGCGGCAGGAGGCAUGUGGCCUGCGAGAAGUACACCACGCCCUAUCACAGAUCCUGCCUGACGGCGGAGCCCAAGAUGGUGAACCUUACCGUCCACGCGGACCUGAUCCUCCGGCUGCACAACGAGCAGCGCCAGCGGGUGGCCAGCGGGAAGAACUCCUCGCUGCCGCGCUCCGCCCGCAUGGUGGUGAUGCAGUGGAGCGAGGAGCUGGCCACGCUGGCCGGCUACAAUGCGCGCAUGUGCCAGGCCAAGCACGACGACUGCCGCAACACGCAGAACUUCACCCGCUCCGGCCAGAACAUCAUUGUGUUCAACAUGACGCACCGCGUCGAGGAUGAGCUGCUCGAGCGGCUGUAUCCGGAGCUGCUCGGCAUCGGGGUGCGCACUUGGUGGGGCGAGCACGCCAACAUGACCGCAGCGGAUAUGGAGCACUAUCCGUGCGACCCGAAGCGGCAGCAACUCCACCGACACUUUGCGGUCAUGGCCAUGGAGAGCAACUCGCAUGUGGGCUGCGCUGGCGACCGGUAUGUGACCAAGGGCCUGACCCACUUCAAGCUGACCUGCAACUACGCCAGGGAUCCGGUGUGCGGCCAGCCGAUCUAUCGCAUCCGCACCGAAGGCUGCCUCACGGGCCGCAACAAGCAGUACCCCGCCCUGUGCUCCACGAACGAGGUCUUCACUUGAAUCCAUACCAUCCCUGCCAUCCGUGCCAUCCGGGCGGCGUUCCAUGUUUAUCUGACAAAUAAUCGUUAACUCCCUCUACCAAUAAAUAUCCGCAGCGUAACAACA